CCGAUGGCAACUCUUCUCACUUUAGUGGGGCUGCUCUUCCUCUGUGGUCUCUCUCUAAGCAACGGAUGUAGACGGGAACUUCUGGUGAAUGUAGAUUUUCCAGGACAGGACAUAACAAUUCUCUUCUCUCCUGAUGCCGAGCACUGUCAGCAACUGUGCACCCAGCACUCCUCCUGUCGCUUCUUCAGUUUUAUCCGGCCUGACUCGACCAGAACUAGCAAUUUCUACUGCUACCUCAAAUCCAGCUCCUCUGGACAGCCCAAUGUUCAGAAAGCCAUACUGGGAAUCACCUCUGGCUAUUCGCUCAAACCCUGCUACCCAGACCCACUGCCUUGUCUGCCUCAUGUGUACCAUGACGUGGACUUCCCGGGGGCAGACUUCAGAACCUUGUUCACAGCAGACUAUGAGGAGUGUCAGAAAGCCUGCACAAGUGAUCCUGCCUGUCAGUUCUUUGCUUUUCUCACACAUACCUUUCCAGAUCCAAAAGUCAGGUAUAAGUGCUACCUUAAAGUCAGAUUUUUCACACUUGGAAUAACUCGACAUGGUUCUGUAAUAUCUGGAUUCUCUCAUAGAGUACAUACAACUCAAAACUUUAACACAGACUGUUGUGUGCGUUCUCUAAUUGUACUGUUUUAUACAGCAUGUGAGGGCAAGCUGUUUCCAAACACUGACAUCACAAUGCACAGCAUCAAUGUUCCGCUUGCUGCCUCUCCUGAACACUGUCAGGCAUUGUGCUCUGCUCAUCCACUCUGCGCCUCCUUUACAUACGUCAGUGCCGAUUUUAAGUGUCACAUGAAGGGCAGUACACAAGAAAUGAUCACGAGAGCUGUCAAUGGAUUCACAUCUGGGUUACCAGCACGCUUCUGUCAGCUGGAUAACAAAUGGCUGAAGAAAAAUUAUGCAGGAAUAAAUUUCCCGCAUAACGACAUUCGCUCUUUCGUGGUGGAUAACGUUGAGACAUGCCAGAGAACCUGUACUGAGGAUCCCAACUGCCAGUUCUUUAGCUACGUCGCUAACAAGCCCCCUGCCAGGAACCUCUGCUAUCUUAAGCGUGUCAUCACCAUGCCUGCUCCUCCGAGAAUUAUCAAAUUGGCCAAUAUUGUGUCUGGAUUCUCCCUGAAGAACUGUCACUAUAAAGUCAUUGUUUGAAUCCAAAAAUUCAAUAAACAGACACUGAGAUAAAUGCAUAAACACACAUAAUCCAUCCAAUCAACAUCAACACAAUUAACCUAUAAUUAACAUAUAAUCAUUGUAAUCGAUAUCAAUGUAAUUCACAUGUAAUCAUUGCAAUCAAUAUCAAUGUAAUUCACACAUAAUCAAUGCAAUCAAUAUGAGUGUAAUCAAUAUAUAAUCCAAUAAAUGAUUCAGCAGCAAGCCGUUUGUGUAAAUGACUUUAUUUUCAUGUAACACACAAAUGCCUUCUUCUCAC